AUGGCUGAGAUUGGUUUUGGAUAUACCCUGCAGGAAACAAUAAACUUAGCCUCAGAUUAUGCUGUGCAUCUUGGCCUAAGAGAACAAGACAAACCUCUGUCUAAACAGUGGUUUUAUAACUUUCUGAACCGAUGGUCUAGCAUUAAAGUUGUGAAACCUAGAUCUUUGGAGAUGGCAAGAGCAAGAAGUGCAACCCGCCCGGCUAUUGACCAGUACUUCAAUGAACUAAACAAAAUUCUCACCAAAUACAACUUAAAAGAUAAACCACAUUGCAUUUAUAAUAUUAAUGAGAAAGGUCUUUCACUUGAACAUAAGCCACCAAAAAUUGUCACAGGUACUCAUUAUAAACCACAGGCUGUUACAUGUGGAAAGUCGAAAACAGUCACUGUGAUUGGUGGAGGAAAUGCUGUUGGAAACCAAGUGCCGCCCUUUUUCGUAUUUCCUGGUGUUAGGAUGCUUCCAGGUCUACUGGAAGGCUGUACUUCUGGCACAUCUGGAACAGUAUCAGAAUCUGGAUGGUCUAACACUGAAGUGUUCACAAAGUAUAUGACAGAGCAUCUAGAGCCACACCUACCAUCUCGGGCUGACGGCAGUAAAGUGCUCGUAUUGUAUGAUGGUCACAGAAGUCAUGUUUCUUUGGGGCUGAUUGGGUGGGCACAGAAGAAUGACCAGCACCUGAUACCACAGAGAACCAUGAACAAGAACAGGCCCUGGCUAUUGAUGACUGCAAUACUGAUGCUCUUCCUGGAAAAGAGAGGUGGGGAAAUUUUGAAACAUGUUCCAGUUAAAAGGGUAAGAAAUACCUUAAGUAAAGUUGUGAGUGGGAAACCUAUUACUGAACAAAUUGUCUAUGGAAAAAUCAAAGAACAUGUAAAAAGUAAUGCCAAACCAAGUCUGAAAAAAAAGCAAACUGCUCCAGGGAAAAGAGUUGUAGCAGUAGAUAAGAAGAAACCUAACUUAAAGAAAACACAUACCGUCACUGAACCCAUUCCGAGUACAUCUGGUAUUCAGGCAGCCCAGACAGAAUACUCUUCCUCUUCUGAAUAUUAA